CCUGUUACAACUUCCAGCCUUUAUGUUCUCAAAAGUUACAGAUUCAAAUGUACACUAAUUAUUGCGACUUGCCUAAUUCCGUCGCAAUUCUUCCACAUCCCACAUCUCACUUCACUCACGAAGAUUCUUAGGAGUUGAUUUAAUUCAUAAUGGCUCUCCUUCAGUAUAAAAACAUCGUCGACUACGAGGCGCAGCAAGCUGCUUUUGAGAACUUCCUCGAAAAAUUCAAGACCUCGCCAGAGCAGACAUUAACCCAUGCCAUUGGCCAGAUUAAUAUUGACGAAGAUGAUUUGAGUGACGAGUACGAUUUUAUGGACGAUGAUGAAGAACAUGAGCGACGCCGACGAGAAAAAGCUACGGCGAGGCUACCAAAACACAAAUACGCCGAUUUAAUGCAAAAGCUCGCAGACCGCGCGACUGACGAGGUUGUAAUAGAGCUAGAUGACAUUUCCCAAUGGGAGAAUGAUACAAAUGAAGGAUUAAAACUCGUAGAGUCUAUCGAAGCAAACACCAAACACUACGUCGAGAUCCUAUCCAGAGCUAUCGAUAAAAAGAUGCCCCCGCCUACGACUGGCAUCACGUUCAAGGACGAUGUUUUGGACGUAAUCAUGGAAAGGAGACAAGCCCGGAAUCGGGAUCUCACUGAAGCAGCUGCCAACACCAAUAACCCCGAUUUACUCGAAUCUACCUUCCCGGCUCAGCUCACGAGGAGAUAUACACUUGUUUUCAAGCCCAGAACAUCCACCAGCGAGAAGCCAGUUAAGGCCCUUGCCGUACGGCAAGUACGAGGCGAGCAUCUUGGUCAUCUUAUCACAAUCCGUGGCAUCGCGACCAGAGUAUCAGACGUGAAACCCAUUGUGCAGGUAGGAGCGUAUACGUGUGAUCGUUGCGGAUGUGAAAUCUUCCAGCCUGUCAACGAUAAGCAAUAUGCGCCCCUUACUAGCUGUCCAUCCCAGGAAUGCAAGGAGAACCAGUCAAAGGGCCAGCUCUUCCAGUCGUCGCGCGCAUCCAAGUUCCUACCUUUCCAAGAAGUUAAGAUUCAAGAACUGGCAGAGCAAGUACCUAUUGGCCAGAUCCCCCGAACCCUCACGGUCAUGUGCUAUGGUAGCGCAGUCCGCCAGAUCAGUCCUGGAGAUGUUGUUGAUAUUUCGGGAAUUUUUCUGCCUACCCCCUAUACAGGCUUCCAAGCUAUGCGAGCUGGACUUCUUACCGACACAUAUAUCGAAGCACACUAUAUUGUUCAGCACAAGAAAGCGUACGAAGAGAUGAUCAUUGACGACAAGCUAUUAAGGCGCAUCAACACCUACUGGCAGACAGGUACUGUGUACGAGAUGUUGGCGAAGUCGAUUGCCCCCGAAAUCUAUGGUCACCUUGACGUAAAAAAGGCGCUCCUGCUGUUACUAGUUGGCGGUGUCACAAAGAAGAUGGGUGACGGUAUGAGGAUUCGUGGCGACAUCAACAUUUGUUUAAUGGGUGACCCUGGUGUAGCCAAAUCUCAGUUAUUAAAGUAUAUCUCGAAGGUUGCUCCUCGAGGUGUCUACACAUCCGGCCGUGGUUCGAGUGGUGUUGGUCUUACCGCAGCCGUAAUGCGCGAUCCUGUAACAGACGAGAUGGUUCUCGAAGGUGGUGCGCUGGUUUUAGCUGACAACGGCAUCUGCUGUAUUGACGAGUUCGAUAAGAUGGAUGAUAAUGAUCGAACCGCCAUUCACGAAGUCAUGGAACAGCAGACGAUUUCCAUUUCCAAGGCUGGUAUCUCGACUACGUUAAACGCGAGGACAUCGAUCCUAGCGGCUGCUAACCCUAUUUAUGGCCGCUACAACCCACGUAUAUCACCAGUGGAGAACAUCAACUUACCGGCAGCUCUACUCUCACGUUUCGAUGUCCUAUUUUUGUUACUUGAUACGCCGACUCGCGAGAGCGAUGCGCAAUUGGCUAAGCACGUGACAUACGUGCACAUGCAUAACAAGCACCCUGACCUCUACGAUGCCGGCGGCGAUGCUGCAACACAGCAGCCGAGCGUAAUCUUCACACCCCACGAAGUACGAGCAUACGUUGCGCAAGCCCGUACAUACCGGCCUACGGUCCCAGAGACCGUCACCGAAUAUCUAACUAAGACUUACGUUCGCCUACGAGACGCGCAGCGCCGCGCCGAAAAGAAGAAUAAGCAGUUCAGUCACACGACGCCACGAACAUUGCUGGGCGUGGUACGUCUCGCGCAGGCGCUGGCGCGACUCCGGUUCGAUACUACGGUCAACCGAGAUGAUGUAGACGAGGCACUGCGACUUAUGGAGGCUAGCAAGGAGAGCUUGGCUGCUCACGAGGCCACGGGCGGUAGGAGAACGCUUAACGCGGCUAGUCGUAUCUACAACUUAGUCAAGUCGCUCGCUGACAGCGGUGCGUGCCGAGCUGAGGAUGACGAGGAUGAUGAGGAGGGUACGGUAGAACUGAGUAUGCGGAAAGUGCGCGAACGUGUCCUGGGUAAGGGAUUCACGGAAGACCAGUGGUUGAAUGCGCUGGAUGAGUACACGAAUCUCGAUGUCUGGCAAACUGCGGGCAAUGGCAGCAGGCUAGUGUUCAUCACAGCGACGGAUAAUAUAGGGGAGGAAGACGACGAGUAAGGGGAUUUGUAGAUCAGAUAGGAGAACUAAGCGAAGCAAAGCUUCCGAAUGGGAUUUUGCUCUAGAAGUACGAGGAUGAAAAUAAGCCACGGCGUUUAUGGAACCGGGAUCAAUGCCAUCAUUGAUAUAACGAUUGAGAUGCUUUCUGCCGUAGUAGCUUGCUUGUUUUCAAGCCAGUUAAUGUCAGAUAUGAGAGAAAGCUACUUUAAGUAUGAAUACAUCAACUAUUAUAGUUAUUCCUUAUUCUGUAUCAUAAUAUUACAUA